AUGAGAGCCCAACAUUCCUUCCAAGCACUGUUUAGACUGCUGAUUGUGUGCAGGUGUUGUGUCCUCCCGGCUUGUGCUUUGUGGUUCAAUUUCUUGCGUGAUCAAGAUGAGGCUCCGUCGCCUAGUCCAUCACCUGCCGGUACUCCCUCCCCCUGUUCAACGUUGUGGUGCAAACUCUUUCGUGGUGGAGAAGAUGAGACUCCAUCGCCUACUCCAUCCCCUACCAGUUCUCCUUCCCCCUCUUCAAGGUUGUUGUUGAAUAUCUUUGCUGGUCAAGAUGAGACUUCGUCGCCAAGUCCCUCCCCUACCGGUACACCCUCCCCAACGCCACUCCCCUUGGCAACGUCAAGUCCAACAGAAUCAAAAGCUGAUCAGGGCGAUGACGAGAAAACGUCGACUGAAUCGCCCACAGCCUCAGCUUCGUUGAGGGGUACGUUUGCGUCAACCGACACUGCGACACAGACACUAAGUACCGAGACCGGCACCCCCACCGAGCUCUAUACAACAGCUCCUACGCAAGAAGAGGACGAUGCCUUCUAUACCAUCAUUGUGCUUUCAGAUGUGGAAAACAAUUGGCGAGGGCACAAUAUUGCUCGUUCACGGUAUAUCGUCCAAUACAUUCGGGACCUUUCAAAGCUCGACUUGUACUUUGAGGGUGACUUCAGCGAUCACAAAAUCGACCCUCAGCUGGUGAUCAAUACUGGAGACAUUAGCCAUUUUUGGUCCUGUCACAAUCCCAACUACUUGUACUCCUUUACAGGCAAUCCUGCUUGUCGAAGUCCUCACGAAGAGUUUCGUGACAUUUGGGGACAACUCUACAAGGCUGGAAUCCCAAUGAUUAGUUCCUAUGGCAACCAUGAUUGGAGGCCCCGUAUUGGCACGGGCAAUCCUUACCGUGGAACUCCGCGAAGACCGCGUGAUCCUGAAGCCGACAAUAUCAACCUGUGGAGUUCCGAGUUUGUACAAAUGUCAUAUGAGUUGGCCGCGGCAUGGGGAGAUCUCACAUUCAAGCAAAUACCUCCAGUAGGCGACAUUGGACAGUCCAUGUACACGAGCAACUUUCGGGGCUUGCAGAUAGCCAGUUUCAACUCCGCUCCGAACUGGCAAUCAUAUGAUGACAGGGGCAUCUACUCGGCGGAUGAACAGUUCCGCCGACUAUCAGAAACGUUGAACCGAACACAGCCGACGCUCUUCUUCAGUCACUUCCCACUCAGUUCGAAUAGGCUCGGCAAUCAGACACCCUCUGCCGAAACAGUUGUGAAAUUCAUUCAACAGUUUCCAGCGGGAACCCAUCAUUUUGCAGGGCACUACCACGCGGCAAGCAUUGAAAGAUACAACGGAUUUAACUCAUACAUCGUGCCCUACCCUCAUACGUGGGUGGGACGAGAACCCGGCUAUUUGGCACUCCUUGUUUCGAAACUCAAAAACAAAGUUGUUCAAGUCCAGGCAAUGACCAUACCUGGGUUGCAGGAUGGUACUUUGUGUUAUCUCCCGGGAGGCGUUAACUUUGCAAUGAACAUUCGUUAUUACAUGUCCCCCCAAAGUGGAAUCUUGUGGCGUCCGUGGGGAGAGCAUUUUGGCAACUUGUUUGGUGGGGCUCGUUCUGACAACGAUGCUGAGGCGUCGAAUGAGGAGGAGGAUGGGUGCGAUCGAUGCAAAGCUGGGAAGCAGUAUUGGUCACCCUCGCGUUUGGGAUGGAUCUGCGGGGAUCCACCAUCCGAGGCCAACAUAUUUGAAACCGACAGGAAUCAAGAUAUCUAUGACAGUCUGGAUGGAUCAGACUUUGCAGACGACCAAUUCUAG